CAAACUGCCAGGCGAAAAACAAAAACAGAAGAAGAGUCUCGCUAGAACUUUCCAAGCAUUGGCAAACUGAACGCAACCAGCGAUAUUUUAAAUAGUCCUCUGUUGUUUUAAGGACUAACUGUCUUUGCAUGUGAAGGGACUCACAAUUCGCAACUCUCCAGUUCUAUGUAGGCCUACCAUUUAAAGAAAACAUGGAGCAUUUUUUGAUAACGCUGUAGCCUAGGCUAGUGACUAUGGCGAGACGAUGGAUCUCUGGCCGUAUACAGUAUAAAUUGUGGUUGAAGCGACCUAUAACGUCAUUUGUUUAACUUGGCUUACAGUGGCACAUCUUGGCAUUAAGUUAAUUUACCCCCCCUUACAGACAGAAUGUUCGGAUGUCUCGUUGCAGGCAGGCUGGUCCAAACAGAUGCCCAACAAGUCGCCAACGACAAGUUUAUUUUCAACCUACCUGAUUUUGAAAGCGUCAACCAUGUUGUAGUCUUCAUGCUGGGUACAGUGCCUUUUCCCGCAGGCAUGGGUGGUGCCGUGUACUUCUCUUUCCCUGACCCAAACUGCGGGCAGGUGUGGCAGCUUCUAGGUUUCAUAACAAACGAGAAGCCCAGUGCCAUAUUCAAAAUAUCAGGUUUAAAAGCGGGCGAAGGUGGAGUCCAUCCUUUCGGGGUGAUGCCAGCGCAGGCACCAUCGGUAGCGCAGGUUGGGGUGUCAGUAGAGACUCUGGACCAGCUCGCCCAACAAACUCCAGCAGCCACUUCAGCCGUGUCAACCCUGGACACUUUCACACAGUUCACCCAGAAGAUGCUGGAAAGUUUAUAUAAUUUUACUUCAUCCUUUGCCAUCACUCAAGCUCAGAUGACACCAAACCCAUCAGAGAUGUUUAUUCCAGCAAGUUCUAUUCUGAAAUGGUAUGAAAAUUUUCAGAGACGAAUGCAGCAGAACCCCUACUUCUGGAAGACAUGAAAUAUUGCAACAACCACUACGAUCACACAACCACAUCAUAAUUCUCUGUGAGACAAGAGACAAAACAUUUAUGUUAUACGAGUACUUAUGUCUGAUCACAAAUUGUACCUUUUCUAUUGAUGGUUUCAUUAAACAGAAGCACUCUU